AUGUUUACGCAGGAGGAUUAUUUCGAUGAUGGGAUCGAUAAUUUUGUGGUCGAUGACUUGGCGGGAGUUAGCUCCUCGUCGCAAUCGUGUGAUGCCCCGCGACCAGCCAAGCGGCGUCGUCUGGAUGCCGCCAAUCGCAAGGAAACAUCCCGGGGACAUGGCGGCUAUCACAGGCGUGGGACGGACUCGGAUUCCUCUCUGGACAAUGACAACGGCGUUGAUGAGUGUCCAUCGCCCAGUCAGGCAUUAGGUCACUUUGUGGAUGAAGUCAACGAGACAAAAUCCAAGUACAAAAGCUUUGUUCCGAAGCGCACUAGCAACCGGGACAACAUUUUCGUCACCCAGCUAACGCAGCCGGCUUCGCCUCCAGAGAUAAUUCGCGGUCCACGGUGGAAAAAACCCGACCAGAACCCUCCAAGACCAAGCCCUCCAGUCCAGAAAAGUGAAGGCGGAGGACGUGAAGGAAAUGGACGGGAAAGAGCACAUGUGGGAGAAGUCGACGAAUUUGAUGGUGAUGAUGGUUUAAAUGAAGCCAUUGCCGCAUCUCUGCAAUCGUUCGAGGAGGAACAAUCCCGCAAUGCGCUCUCGCCGAUUAUCAGCGAGCCGCCACCGAAGCCAGCCGCGGCCUCUACCGGACAGAAAGACAAUGCGGCGGACACAUUGGUCGACAUAUUUGAUGAUAUACCUGAUGAUGCUUUCGACUCCGACUUUUCUAUGUCGCCGCCCCCUCCCACGGCGCUGCGGACCACAAACGGGUCUUUUACCCAGUCAUCAAUGCGUCCACUGGGCGUCCGCCAGACUACGUUGUUUGAUAUGGCUGCCAGGAAUCCAGCAAACCAGCCUCUACGUGGCGAGCAGGUCUUAUCACCACCAAAUAAGAACGAACCCCCGACGCAGCAUCGACUAGAUCAAGAGGCGAUAGCAACGUGGGUCUUUCCGACGAACCUGGGUAAGACUAGAGACUAUCAGUUCAAUAUUGCACAACGUGGUCUGUUUCACAAUCUACUCGUAGCGCUCCCCACCGGUUUGGGGAAAACGUUCAUUGCGGCGACAAUCAUGCUCAACUGGUUUCGAUGGACCGAGAGUGCCCAAAUCAUUUUCGUGGCACCGACCAAACCCUUGGUGGCUCAACAGAUAUCUGCGUGUUUUGGGAUCGCUGGGAUUCCGAGGUCUCAGACCACCAUGCUUACUGGAGGAGUGGCCCCGGGGAUUCGGGCGGAGGAGUGGCGGGAAAAACGUGUUUUUUUCAUGACGCCGCAGACCUUGAUCAACGACCUCAAGUCUGGAAUCGCCGAUCCAAAGCGGAUCGUUCUGGUCGUCGUCGAUGAGGCCCAUCGCGCCACCGGAAGCUAUGCGUACGUGGAAGUGGUGAAAUUCGUUCGGCGAUAUAAUCAAAGCUUUCGUGUGUUGGCGUUGACGGCUACGCCGGGUUCCAAUGUGGAGGCUGUACAAGCCGUCGUCGAUGGACUGGAUAUCUCUCGUGUUGAGAUCCGCACAGAACAAUCCCUUGAUAUUCGAGAAUACGUCCAUUCCAGAAAUACUGAAAUCCAGACCUUCAAAAAUUCGGACGAGAUGGUUUUGUGUAUGGAUCUUUUCUCCCGGGCCCUGCAACCGCUUGUCGAUCAGCUGCAGACCCUCAAUGCAUACUGGGGAAGGGACCCCAUGAUGCUCACUGCGUACGGGCUCACAAAAUCCCGACAGCAGUGGAUGGGCUCGGAUGCCGGUCGAAACGCGAGUUUUGGUCUAAAGGGCAAGGUCAAUUCUAUCUUUACUGUCCUCGCUAGCUUAGCCCAUGGCAUCGAUCUUCUGAAGUAUCACGGAAUCACCCCCUUCUAUCGUCAUCUUGUGCAUUUUCAAUCCAACACCGACGGCCAGAAGGGUGGCAAGUAUCAACGACAGGUCGUACAAGAUGAAAGCUACAAAAAGCUCAUGAGUCACCUGGAGCCGUGGACGAAGAACCCGGAGUUUAUCGGACAUCCGAAAUUAGAGUAUCUCAAGCAAGUCGUGUUGAAUCAUUUCAUGGAUGCUGGCGAAGGUGCUAGUGCGAGUGACAAAAAUAGCCAAUCGGCCACCAGAAUCAUGAUCUUCGUCCACUUUCGAGACAGUGCUGAAGAAGUGGUACGGGUAUUAAGGAGAUAUGAACCGAUGAUCCGACCCCACGUUUUCGUCGGCCAGAGCAGCGCCAAAGGCUCUGAUGGCAUGGAUCAGAAGACGCAGCUUCAGAUUGUGCAGAAGUUCAAGCAGGGAACCUACAAUACGAUUGUGGCAACUUCGAUUGGCGAGGAAGGUUUGGAUAUCGGUGAAGUGGAUCUCAUCGUUUGCUACGACUCUUCUGCGUCGCCCGUUCGCAUGCUCCAACGGAUGGGGCGUACGGGCAGAAAGAGGGCGGGGAAUAUCGUGUUGCUCCUAAUGGAAGGAAAGGAAGAGCAAAACUACCUCAAGGCUAAGGACAACUACGAGAAGAUGCAGCAGAUGAUUGCCAGUGGAACCCGGUUUACCUUUCACGAUGACCGGUCUCCACGUAUUCUACCACCGACUGCUCGACCCGUUGUAGAUAAACGGAACGUUGAUAUUCCACAAGAGAACGCGACCCAGGACUUGCCGGAGCCGAAAAGAAAAAGGCGGGCCCCCAAGAAACCACCGAAGAAGUUCCACAUGCCCGACAAUGUUGAGACGGGGUUCACCCGAGUGUCACGCCUGUUCGGUGGCAGCGCGCGUAAACCGGAUAGGAAGAGAGUUCGAACACCGACACCAGAGCCCGUGGACCUGCCGGCUCUUGAAGACGUUUUGCUGACCGCCGAACAGCAAAGAGAGCUGGAGCACCAUUAUUGUAAUAUUGGCGACACAAGCCCGCAGGUCAUCCGCCACCCUCGGAACGAUGCAUUCCCUCGACUGCAGCUCAUUCCACGACCGACAAAAGCCGUCAAACAUGGGGCACUCACGCGUCGCAUGAUUGGCACUCUACAGAAAAUGAACCAGCUGGAUGCAGAGUGCGAGAAUCGCUUCCGGAAGGUGCUGGAGCUUGAGUUAGGAAGGCCAGCUGACGACUCGGUAGUUGUAAAUCAAUCCGGACGGCAUGGAGGCCUGAUGAACUCGAGAGUCCAUUCUAGAAAGCCCAAGACUCUUCGGCCGUCUAAACCCGCACACCAGAAGGAACCGAACAACGACGAUCUCCAACUAAUCUCCCCGGCAAAAUUGCUGUCAUUCUUUACGGCCCAUCCAGAAUCGAGACCCUUUUACUCGUCACAAAGGAGUAAUGGGGAGAAUCUGGAUGACGAUUUUGAUCCACCCGACCUCACUACACUCCUGAGUCAGAGUGCUGAAAGCAGGUCAAGAAAGCAGAGUAGGACUGUAUUGGAUGAUGACAAUGACUAUUAG